UCGGAGGACUGCGGGGGCGAUGCAAAGGGGACGCUUUAUCUCCCCUCGUGGUGGGGUACGCUUUCACAUUCUUCCAUUUGGGAGAAACUGGAGCAAACUCUCGCCCCAUGCGGGGGCAUUCCUUCUAAAAGCAAUGGCUUGAAUUGACGUGUGCGAGACUCAGAUCCUCCUUGAGAUGCGACUGCAAUAGAAAACCAGGCGGCCGAAACUGGCGCCGGCCGCCAGCAGGGGCGAGGGUUGCCCCCCGAGUCGCCGGCUCCCGCCCGCAGUCCGCCUACUCACCGCUAGGAGGCGCCGCGAGCGCGCCCGGCCCCCGCCCGUUACCAUAGGAGGGCUCGGAUCUCCCCCGCCAGCCCCUGAGCCGGCCCGGGAGCUGGCGGGCAGCAGACCGCAGGGGACGCGCGCCUGAGCGCCCGGGGCUGUCACCGCGGACGCGCCGCGCACACCGAGCCGGGACGCGGGCAUCUGGGGACCACCAGCCGCCAGCCCCGCACUUUUCCACCGGGGGUCCCGCUCCCCGGUGCGCAGCUGCCUGGGCGGAGGGCGAUGUCUGCCGGGGCCCGCCGCGGUCCCCGGGGCAGCCGGGCGCAGCCGCUCGCGCCCCUCUGCUGCUUCUCGGCCGCGCUGGGGAUGCUGUGGUCCCCCUCCUCGCAGGCGUUCAACUUGGAUGUGGACAAGCUCACGGUGUACAGCGGCCCCGAGGGCAGCUACUUCGGCUACGCGGUGGACUUCCACAUACCUGCGGCUCGCACACCGAGUGUCUUGGUGGGGGCGCCCAAAGCCAACACCAGCCAGCCAGACAUCGUGGAAGGGGGCGCCGUCUAUUACUGUCCUUGGCCCGCAGAGGGGUCUGCGCAGUGCAAGCAGAUACCGUUUGACAACACCAACAACAGAAAGAUCCGAGUUAAUGGAACCAAGGAACCCAUAGAGUUUAAAUCGAAUCAAUGGUUUGGAGCGACAGUGAGAGCCCACAGAGGGAAAGUGGUGGCUUGUGCUCCCUUAUACCACUGGAGAACUCUUAAAUCCACCCCAGAGAAGGACCCAGUUGGCACGUGCUACGUAGCGAUUCAGAAUUUCAGUGCAUAUGCAGAAUAUUCUCCUUGUCGGAACAGUAACGCUGACCCUGAAGGACAGGGUUACUGCCAAGCAGGAUUUAGUCUGGAUUUUAAUAAGAAUGGAGACCUUAUAGUAGGAGGACCUGGAAGUUUUUAUUGGCAAGGUCAGGUGAUCACUGCCAGUAUUGCAGACAUCAUUGCAAAUUACUCAUUCAAGGAUAUUCUAAGGAAAUUGGCUCGAGAAAAACAGACAGAAGUGGCUCCAGCUUCCUACGAUGAUAGUUACCUUGGAUAUUCAGUUGCUGCUGGGGAAUUUACAGGAGAUGCUCAGCAAGAAUUGAUUGCUGGAGUUCCAAGAGGAGCACAGAAUUUUGGAUAUGUUUCAAUCAUUAACUCUACAGAUAUGACCUUUAUUCAGAAUUUCACUGGUGAACAGAUGGCAUCUUAUUUUGGAUAUACGGUUGCAGUAUCUGAUGUUAACAACGAUGGAAUGGAUGACAUAUUGAUUGGGGCGCCUCUCUUCAUGGAACGCGAAUUUGAGAGUAACCCUAGAGAAGUAGGGCAAGUUUACCUGUAUAUGCAAGUGAGCGCUCUCAUCUUCGGAGACCCGCAAGUCCUCGCAGGCACUGAGGUUUUUGGAAGAUUCGGCAGCGCUGUGGCACACUUAGGAGACCUGAACCAAGAUGGAUACAAUGACGUUGCCAUCGGUGCGCCCUUUGCGGGCCAGGAUCAGAGAGGCAGAGUGCUCAUUUACAACGGGAACCAGCAUGGCUUAAACGCCGAGGCUUCCCAAAUUCUGCAAGGGGUGUGGGCUUCACAGGCUGUGCCUUCAGGAUUCGGCUUUACUUUAAGAGGAGAUGCAGACAUAGACAAGAAUGAUUACCCAGAUUUAAUUGUGGGUGCAUUUGGAGCAGGAAAAGUAGCCGUUUACAGCUUUUCCUUAAGAGUAUGUGCAUCCGUAACAGGCCAGAGCAUUCCAAAGACAAUAGGCCUGACUGCUGAGGUGCAAUUAGAUUCCUUGAAACAAAAAGGAGCCAUUAAACGCACACUGUUCCUUGAGAACCAUCAGUCACAUCUCAUCUUCCCUCUCGUGAUAAAGCAGCAGAAGUCACACCAAUGCCAGGACUUUAUCGUUUACCUGCGAGAUGAAACUGAAUUUCGAGAUAAAUUAUCUCCAAUCAACAUUAGUUUGAAUUAUAGUUUGGAUGAAUCCACCUUUAAGGAAGGCCUGGAAGUGACGCCAAUAUUGAACCACUACAGGGAGCAUGUUGUUACUGAACAGGCUCACAUCCUGGUGGACUGUGGAGAAGACAAUAUGUGCAUUCCAGACUUGAAGCUGUCAGCUAGACCAGAUAAGCAUCAGGUCAUCAUUGGAGAUGAAAAUCACCUUAUGCUCAUAAUCAAUGCACGAAAUGAAGGAGAAGGAGCCUAUGAAGCGGAACUCUUUGUGAUAAUACCAGAAGAGGCAGACUAUGUCGGGAUUGAACGCAGCAACAAGGGAUUCCGACCACUGAGCUGUGAGUACAAGAUGGAAAAUAUAACCAGAAUGGUGGUGUGUGACCUUGGGAACCCUAUGGUGGCUGGAACAAAUUACUCUCUGGGCCUCCGAUUUGCAGUUCCACGUCUUGAGAAAACAAAUGUGAGCAUUAACUUCGAUCUUCAAAUCAGAAGCUCCAACAAAGACAACCCAGACAGCAAUUUUGUGAGCCUGCAAAUCAACAUCACUGCUGUUGCUCAAGUAGAAAUAAGAGGAGUCUCCCACCCUCCGCAGAUUGUUCUGCCUAUUCCUAACUGGGAACCGGAAGAGGAGCCCCGCAAAGAGGAGGGAGUUGGGCCGCUGGUGGAACACAUUUACGAGCUGCACAAUAUUGGACCAAGUGCCAUCAGUGACACCCUUCUGGAGGUGGGCUGGCCGUUCUCUGCCCGGGAUGAAUUUCUCCUUUAUAUUUUUCACAUUCAAACUCUGGGACCUCUACAAUGUCAAACAAAUCCUGACAUCAACCCACAGGAUAUAAAGCCAGCCACCCCCUCAGAGGACACCCCUGAGCUGAGCGCCUUUUUGCGCAACUCAACCAUCCCUCAUCUUGUCAGGAAAAGAAACGUGCCUGUGCUGGAGCUCCACAGACAAAACCCCACAAAAAUCCUGAAUUGUACAAAUAUCGAGUGUUUACAAAUCUCCUGUGCAGUGAGACGAUUAGAAGGAGGAGAAAGUGCAGUCCUGAAAGUCAGAUCACGGUUAUGGGCCAAGACAUUUCUCCAGAGGAAAAAUGAUCCCUAUUCUCUUGCAUCCCUGGUAUCCUUUGAAGUUAAGAAGAUGCCUUAUAAAGAUCAGCCAGAAAAACUCCCAGAAGGAAGCAUAGCAAUUAAGACAUCAGUUAUCUGGGCAACCCCAAAUGUUUCCUUCUCAAUUCCAUUAUGGGUAAUAAUACUAGCAAUACUUCUUGGAUUAUUGGUUCUGGCCAUUUUGACCUUAGCUUUAUGGAAGGUAAGUUUAUUUCCUGUCUUUUCCUUUUGGAGUAGAGAGGCCACUGAAGAGGGUUAGAAGGAUAUACCUAGCAAUUUAACAAGACAGUGCUGGAGGUGUGAGUUGCAGAUUUUUAUAAAAGGAACAAUGCAUCUUGUUU